AUGGCAAUGGCAGAAUACGGGUGGGGAUUAUCCCAUGAGCUGGUCAAAAAAGCUCGACGUGAGUUGCACGAGGUUCCUGAACAACGAGCAGACCUUCUGGAUGCAGUUCGUGCCCAGAUAGAGACCAGAGCAGAUGUCAAUUUCCUGCGAACUGACGAUGUGUUCAUCCUCCGAUUUCUGCGAGCUAGAAAAUUCGAUGUAUCUGAAGCGUUUAAGCUGUAUACGCGAUAUUUUGAGUACCGACAAGAGAAUAGCAACUUGUUCCGCAAAUUUCAAGCUGCUGAGCCAAGCAUCAAAGAAGCUCUAUUUGAUGGACUCCCUGGGGUGUUGCCCCACCAUGACCACUUUGGUCGCAAAAUCCUGGUGCUCUACUCCGCCAAUUGGGACAAUACACGGUAUGGAUUGGCUGCCAUUUACCGUGCUAUCUUACUGACUUUAGAAAAAUUGAUCGAUGAUGAAGAGACACAGAUCAAUGGAUUUGUGAUUAUUGUUGAUUGGAGUCAAUUUACCUUUAAACAAUCAACAUGGCUAAAUCCAAAGAUACUCAAAUUAAUGAUUGAAGGCUUACAGGAUUGCUUUCCUGCAAGAUUUGGUGGAAUACACUUUAUUAACCAACCUUGGUACAUCGAAGCCAUUUUUAAAAUGAUCAAACCUUUUCUAAAGGAGAAGAAUCGUGAUAAGAUUUUCAUGCAUGGAAUCAAUUUAACCACACUUCAUCAACAUAUCCACAAAGAAGUUCUUCCUGCAGAAUUAGGAGGGCUGGAACCUCCGUACAACAAUCAAUAUUGGGCCAAGCAGUUAAUUGGAGAUGAGAACUUCAGUUUUGGAGACAAGCACAUUUACUGGCCAAAUCAUGGCAACUUUAACAAGCAGGGCUGUGGAGACAGUACAUCAAAUCUUCAACUUCGACUCCUCUAUUUUUCUACUUACUGA